GGCGUGACCAGGUAGGGCGUGUAGAAAAGAUGUUUCGAGGCGGCGCGUAAACAGUUCGAGUGAAGAUGGCGUCUGUCAAAAAGAAAGGAAGCGGAGUUGAAAAAGGUGUGAAUGGAAGACGUUCGUCCAAGCAUAAAGAAGGGCCAGUUGUGAUGGACACCAGGGCGAUUUUCGCGGCGGUCCACGCGGUGUGUGAGGAGAACGUUGCCUUCUUCUCGGGCGGCGCCAAGGGGUCCCAGGGGGAUGCGGCCCGCAGGCUGAUGGACUCCAUGACCCUCAUCCAGGAGCACGCUCGGGGCCUGGAGCCCGUCAUCCACGGCUUCACCUCCGUCUACCACCACUUUGACUUCGACCCGCACAUACCCGCCAAUGGCUACCGCUCCCUGGUCAAGGUGGUGCGCUGCUGCAUUCUCCACAUCAUCCACAAGGGGCGCUACAUCAGCGUCAACCGCCGCAGCAUCUUCUUCCGUGCGGCGCACAAUGCGGGGGAGAUGGAGGCCUACUGCAGCGCCCUGUGCCAGCUGCGCGCCCUGCUCUACCUGGCCCAGCGGCUGCUGCACGACAACAGCUACGGAAACCUCUUCCUCCAGGACGAGAGCGGCCUCAGCCAGAGCUUUGUGCGGGAGUACGCCUCCAUGCACAAGGGCUGCUUUUACGGCCGAUGCCUGGGAUUUCAGUUCAGCCCGGCAAUCCGGCCCUGUCUGCAGACCAUCGCCAUCGGCCUAGUGGCGUUCGGAGAGAACUACAAACGACACCAGUCGGGAAUAGGCGUAGCCGCCAGCUCGUUCUUCACCUCAGGGAAGUACGCCAUCGACCCUGAGCUCCGGGGGGCCGAGUUUGAGCGCAUCACACAGAACCUGGACGUGCACUUCUGGAAGUCCUUCUGGAACAUCACAGAGACAGAGGUGCUGUCGAGUCUAGCCAGCAUGACCUCAACGACGGUCAAGGUUAACCGAGCCCUCUCUGUGCCGCCCGUGCCCUUUGACCUCCCCCUGGUAGACAACCCGAAUGUCUCGGUGAACAUAGCUGCGCCUUCGGCUCACAUUGGCCCAGCCCCUGUUCAGAUGAGGCUCAUAUCCUACGACCUCCGCGAAGGACAGGACAGUGAGGCGCUGCUGUCCCUCACCCGCUCUGAAGGGGGCGCCAUUUCCCUGUCACUGGGACUCAAGACCAAGCACCUCCCGCCGUCCCCGUGCCUGCUCAUCCACUUCCAUGGUGGGGGCUUCGUGGCGCAGACCUCCAAGUCCCACGAGCCCUACCUGAAGAGCUGGUCCCAGGACCUGGGGGUCCCCAUCCUGUCAGUGGACUACUCCCUAGCCCCGGAGGCCCCCUUCCCCCGAGCCCUGGAGGAGUGCUUCUAUGCCUACUGCUGGGCCCUCAAGAACCACCACCUGCUGGGCUGGACGGGGGAGACUGUGUGCCUGGCGGGGGACAGCGCCGGAGGGAACCUUAGCGUGACCACGUCGAUGCGUGCGGCGGCACACGGCGUGCGCAUGCCCGACGGCAUCGUGGCGGCAUAUCCUGCCACCCUGCUCACCGCCUACGCCUCGCCAUCCCGCCUCCUCACCCUCAUGGACCCCCUGCUGCCGCUCAGCGUGCUCUCCCGCUGUCUGGCCGCCUACGCAGGCAGUGCAGAGCAGACGGAGCGGCCCGUGGAGAAGGUCAGCACACUGGGCAUGGUAAGGAGGGACACGGCCCUGCUGCUCCGGGACUUCAGACAGGGGGCGUCCAACUGGAUCCAGUCCCUCCUCGACCCCAACAAGACCUCCACCCCCGCCAUCACUGGCCAGACCGCAGAGGGCCCAGCAGCAGACCCUGACGCGGUGAGGAAGAGUGUAUCGGAGGCGUCCAUGGCCUCCCGCCACGCCGACCCCCCCGUGCCUCCGGAGACGACAGACUUCUCCUUCAGGAAGCAGUCUCUAAAGAGCCAGACCUGCCAGGACCUCAGCUCCCAGCGAAACCCAGACUCCCACAAUGCAUCGUUGCUCCUGGAACGCACACCGGAGGACGUGAGCUUCUUCCUGGCCGAUAAGAUGGACCCGUCGUUCAGCCUGGCCCUCUCCUCGGUGGCCAUAGCGCCCCCUGCUGUCCUGGAGGCCGACGGCUCGGAGCCAGAGUUCCCCAGGGAGUUCCCAGUGGGCUUUGAGCCACUGCGCUCGGACCAGCCGUCCAACAUGACCAUGCAGAGCUCCCCGGUGGUCCUGGACCCCUACUGCUCCCCGCUGCUCGCCCCCGACAGCAUGUUGAGAGGACUGCCCCCCGUGCACAUAGUGGCGUGUGCUCUGGACCCCAUGCUGGAUGACUCUGUGAUGUUCGCCAAGCGCCUGCGCGGCGUCGGCCGGCCCGUGACCCUGUGCGUGGUAGACGACCUGCCGCACGGCUUCCUCAGCCUGUCGCAGCUGUCCCGCGAGACCCGCGAGGCGGCGGACAUCUGCGUGGCCCGCAUCCGCGCGGUCUUCACCCACGAGGCGGGCAGCGCCGACGCCACCGCCGACGCCACCGUCACCACACCGCCGUCGGAGCCACGCAAGCACCGCAAGCUGGAGAGGACCCACAGGGCCUCCACCCUCCCCACCGACGGCGGUGUUGGUGGUGGUGGCGGUGACGGUAGGCCCGCAACUCCCACCCUAUCCACGGGGAACAGCGUCUCCGUCGAGGGCGGAGAGGACGAGCCGGCUGAGGUCUCGGAGGUCUCAGAGGUGGGAGAGGGAACGGCGGCGGCGGCGGUGCCGAGCCAGAACGGAGACGAGGCCGGCGGCAUCGGGGUGUAGAGGGGCCGUGGGGGGGGGAUCGGAGAAAAUACUUCUCCAAACCCUGCAGGUUGGGGAGGUAGAGUUGAGAGUAAAGCUCAGUUUUGAAUGAUGGAACAAAAAAGGCAGAGGGCCCCCUGAUGCAGGACGCCCUCCCUCUGUUUUGAAAAAAUUCUCUUGCAACCUGUCGGUGCUCCGCCUCGCUGAAGUUCAGUAGCCCGGCCCGUAAGAGAACAAGUAAUGCUGUAGACCGCCCCGCUCUUAUAACAAUUGAUAUUUUCCCUCAGAUAGAAGAGUUCUCUAGCAGCUGCACACAAACGGGCACGCAUAUGUCUGCACGCACACGCACAUAGCACACACACACACACACACACACACACAUACUCAAUCUUUGCCUUUAGACGGGGGAGACUCUUGAGACCGGUGCGUCCGAGUGUUUGUAAGUGGAGGCCGGAGCAGACGGUUCGUCUGGGCCGUGGCAUUUGUGUCCUAAUCAGGUAUCACUGGACAACGGAGCAACGGAGACAUCGCUCCGCCUAAACGGCCGCUUUUCCAUUGGGAUGUCAUUCUAAAUCACACUUAAUAACGUCACAUGGGCUGUGUGUUAUGCCCUUUUGGCAGUUAAUACAGCCCACUCUGUGGCUAGUUGAUCGGCUCCCUCUUCUCUAAAUAGAAUUACCAGGCUAAACAACAUCUAACUUAUGAAGGGUGUUUGGGGGCUCAACUUGUUGAAUUGAUUCUCUUGUUUUUUGGGGACAACACUAUUACAAAACUUACACUCAACUAUUGUUAAAUAUGCAGUUAAUCUGAACCAGUCAAAUGGAUCGAGGUAUAUUUAGUUUGCUACCCUCUUUAUGCAGUAUUAUACCUCCAGGGUUUUCCUAUUUUCUGAAACAAAUGUUUAUAUAUAUUUUAUUAGACUGAAACUUUGUUUGUGCAAAAUAUUGUUCUGGGCUCACUGUGUACCUUUCUCUUCAGCGGAUGGCACUGUGGUUGUUGAUCUCUGUUCAUCCCAUGCUGUGCACUCUCUCUCUCUAAUGCUUUGUGCUGAAGCGUUUCAAAGUGCACACCAUACACAUUUCCCUGUCUCGGUACCUGCCUGGCUCCUACCCGUACAGUGUUGGUGCGUUAGCGUCCAUAAUGCUCUCUCAUUGAAUCGAUGCGUUUUAAGAAGAAUACUGACAUUCACACCUUUCGACAAAUGAGAUUUGUGUCUUUAUCAAUGCAAGCAGGCCCUGGUUUCGGGUUUCUGUUUCGUUUUAAGAUUUUUAUGUCAACGGAAAUGUUUGGAGAGAAGACUGAAAAUUGGUUUUGUAUUCUUUUUUUAUUAUUCAGGGUGUUAACGUUGGCACAGCCGAACCAUAACUGUGAAUAGUAAUGGAUCAUAGCAGGAGUGGUCUAUCACUUUCUCCUGCUUCCACGCUGAUUGUGGCACACCUGUUACAUGACAGCUACAAUAAUUGCGUCAUUGCCUUAAACCAUCCAAAACCAUGUAUUACUUUAUGUAUCGGGGUCCAUGUAAACGCCCGCUUUCAACUGAGGAAGUGGAGUAAGAUGAACCUUCCGUCCACUUUACACACGUUCCUGACCUCCGACCUCGCCCUCAUAUACCCCAUCCAAUGUGUGUUGUAUGUUGAACGCAAGAGUUAGCACGGCCACUUCCUGUUGGUUGGGGGAGAAAAAUGUAGGAAAAGCUUAGGAAAAACAACAAGAAAAACCUUAAGGGCCUAUAGACCCUGCAAAUGGGCUCCAGCAGAGGUUGUAGAAACCCAUUAAAUUCCUAUUUUCCAGCCGCAUGUAGAUGAUGAUCCCUACUGCGCGCCCUGUGGUUCCACCAGCUGAGUGAUGAUUGGCUCUUGCUCCGGCGACCCUGGGAUCCCGUUCAGCUGCUUCGCCGUGGAAAUAUGUGUCCUUUCUGGAGGGUCAGUGUGUCUCCGUCAAAGUCCAAAACUAAAUAUAGACGCAAACAACCACGGAGCGCCCUCCCCCCCCCGCCCCCCUCCCCCCCACCCCUCCUCUGCCGCGGCCCUCAGCCAGCAGCGGGGCCGGGUUGCCAGGUCUGGGGAGCCGGAGCCGCUUGAUGAAUGGGCUUUGGAAAUGAAUGGAUGAAUUCAGUGCAGCAUAAGGCUUUUCAACACACACACACACACACACACACACACACACACACACACACACACACACACACACACACACACACACACACACACACACACACACACAAAAUAGAAAAAAAGUAGCAGGAUUAGACCAUGCUCGGUUUCUGUUCGCCCAGAGGACUUACUGCCAUAAUACUGCUGAGUGUGAUUGAUGGAGAGAAAUCGGAAGCUAGAAGAGGAGAAGGAUGAGGAAGGUAGCAUCUUCCAUAGAGAGGCUGGGGCCAAGUGUGAGCUUGCGGUUACCCCCGUGGUUCUCCCAGCCUGCAGAGAUGGGAAGUUUGGUUUGUUGUUGGGCAAGUAUGGGUUGGUGCGUCAUACUUUCGUCGCAUGGGGGAGGCUACGCAUUACGCAAGUGUGGUUCCCAUCUGCGUGUUCCUGUGUCUGAAUGUCACGGCCCCACCACGAGGUGUGGGUUCUGUUGUCUGUGCUCCCGUUCUCAUCGUGGGGAAACAUGACUUUGCUUGCUAGUCUCCCGGUGCAUAUCGUUCACUUGUUAAUGUGCUUCUAUAAGUGGUUGUGUUUUUAGUUUUUGAAAAUCACUAGUUCAUGCUGUCUGACUUUAAACAACCAACCUCUUAAUGUAGCUGGUGGUGAUGACUUUAAUAGAAGAUGAAUUGCUGCAAGUGUUGAAUUAAAUAGUCUUUCAGUCUCUCUUACGUUAAUAUUGGUGCAGAUCCUUUGGGGGAAACUCUAGAGCCGACAUUGUUUGUUAGAAGCUAAAACUACAUUUUAUUGUAUAGUGGUGAGCCUCUGCAUCGGUCGCCCGUGAGUGUGUGUUCAUUGUGUACGGGACCACCACAGUGGACAGGAAGGGGAUCCAGCAAACUCAUCUCGCACACUAUCUUGUCUAUUACCUCGGCUGGGUUGAUCCCUCUACCUGCCUCUACCGUCUUCAAACGUAGUGUGGACCCUUUAUGCUGCCUAUGUCCUAGACUGUCUAUGUCGUCCGUGUUGUGUUUUGAGUGUGUAUUGACCGAAUGAAUAAUUGGCAAAAACCGUGUGUUUGAGAAUUUCAAAUAGACUUUCACGUCCCUGUGAGUAGGCUUUGGUUGUUGAGUGUAGAGUCGCUUAUUGGUGUUAAUUUAUGUACAGCAUACCUCUGGUUUUCCAUGUCGAGGCGCUUUUCCCAUUAGAGAAUUCCUCAGCCCCAUGAUAUCGUGUUAAUUGAAAAAGAUAUCUGCAGGCAUCAGCUUUCCAGGGUCUAACUAGGGUCAAGUUGAAUCUGUGCAGUUAUCCACCAUCAUUAUCUUUUAUCCUUUAGUUUCGACUUCCCUGGCUUUCUAACUUCCUGAUGACUUUGUUCCUCGGGGAGCGAGGAUAUGACACCGCCACGGGUCAGCUGUGAUGGAGUCUGCCAAGGUUGGCCCGUCAGCAGCCUCCACAGUCGUAUGCCACGCCGAUUAUGGUUUUAAAUGGAGCGCACUUCCACUGAUCCCUUCAUAAUCAUAUCUUUCCCGCGCUGAACUGACCAUGACCACUUCCCCGUUGUUUUAAUUAUCACAUCACCGUGCACACACACACACACACACACACACACACACACACACACACACACA